GAAACUUUUAUAUUAGGUUAAUAAAAAAAGUGAUGAAUUAUUUUAAAUUGUAUACAAUUUUUCUAUGUCUAUCAUGUGUUAAACAUGUAGUAAUUGAAUGUCAAGAUUUUGUAAAAGCUAUCGAAAAAAGUGCGGCACUGGUAGCUAAAUAUCGAAACGAUGAGUCGAUUCCCGGUACUGUCAUUGGUGUCCACUAUAGAGGUCGUCCGGUUUGGAUACAGGCCUACGGCUAUUCGGACAUUGAAAACGAUGUCAAAUGCGACAUCGAUACUGUUGUCCGAACGGGUAGUGUUACCAAAGCUAUGGUUGCGGCACUGGUAGCUAAACUAGUGGAACAAUCGAAAAUUGUUUGGGACAACAAUAUUCACGACUAUUUACCGACCAGUGUUUUCCCGAUAAAACAAUGGAAAGGAGAACCCGUUAACAUAACUGUCCGUCAAUUGAUGUCAAUGACUGGCGGUAUCCGAAGUACUGAGGAAUUACGUGACUUUCGCCAACUACACGACUAUCACAAUGUAACCGAAACGUUAGCCUAUUUUGCGAGCGACCAAUUGGUGGCCAAACCGGGCACUAAAUUCUUCUACUCUAACUGGGGAUGGCAUGUAAUCGGAGCGCUCAUGGAGUCGGUUACCGGUCAGGAUUUUGAGGUACUAAUGAACUCACUGUUCGCUGAGUUUGGUAUGAACUCAACCCGACUGUCCCGACAAGAGUUGGUCAUACAUAAGCGCGCCGAACAGUACUCGCGAGUCCGCAGUAAUGAUGACCAGAGUAAACAUUGGACAUUAAGAUCUGCCCGAAUGACACAAGACUUGGGUCGACCGCUGCCGUGGCUACCGAUGGGCGGUGUUAUCACUAGUGUCCCCGAUUUGCUUGUUUUUACCGAUGUUAUGCUUAAAAGCUAUAGUAGUAGUAGUGAUGGUUACCUCAAACCGCAAACCGUACGCCAACUGUGGACACCGGGAUUAGGCCAUUACGGUAUGGGAUGGUUUGUCGGCAACUAUACCCAACCAUCAGUCAAUAUCGCCGAAAAACUGUACCAAUAUAUUCAUUAUUCGGGUUUAGUGGCCGGCAGUGUAACCACCAUUGCAUUGAUACCUGAGUUGAACAUAUCGGCGGCAAUGGUCGCCAAUAUGGGUGGCAUUGAUUUGGACGCAACGGUAUUAUCGGUGAUCAACCAGUUUGUUGCUGCCAUUACUCUAUAGUUUUAGUUCCCGGAGUAUUAGUUAUUUGAAAUUAUUAUAAAUUAAUAUUUAUAUAUAACUCA